AUGUCAGUUUUUCCUCGUGGUUAUGAAUGCCCGCGACCGAUGCCAAGAUACGGUUGCGUGAGAGGCGAAUAUAGUAUUUACUACAAAAGGCCCUGUUACGGUCAGCCGAGACCUCAACCAUUUCAAAGAGAAGUCGCUCCCUAUUACGGCGGCCCCAGUAACGUGCCUUGCGAAAGGCCAUGCUGUUAUGACUUUCCCUGCAAGGCCCACUGUUUCAACCAUGGAGCAGCCACGAGGCCUAGUGGCCGUUACGCAAGGACGGUUUGGUAUCCAGGUGAAUGCUGUCCAGUGGUGCCACCCUGCCAGGCCUUCACCUGCCCCAACCCUCCAUACCACCCCUGUUGUGUUGACACUGUUAAUAAGCUCGUUUAA